AUGCAGAACAAGCUCAUCACCGCCGCCACCCUUCUGAGUGCCCUGGCCUCAGUCCAGGCAUCUCCCGUUUCUGUUUCCAAGCGAGACGUUCUCACAGCCCUUCCUGGAGGCGCUUCUGAUAUUGAGAACAAGUUCCAGCCUGCUCUUGACUUCGACGGCGACGGCUGCUACCAGACCGCCGCCAUCGAUCCUAAUGGUAACUUGAACCCUGGUCACGGUGCCACUGGUACUCCCCAGGGAGACUGUCGUGAUCCUCCCCAGCUUGAUAACAGCAACACCUAUUCUCGCAAGCGCUGCAACAAUGGCUUCUGUGCCAUUAUGUAUGAGACCUACUAUGAGAAAGACCAAGCGGUUGGUGGCAGCUUUCUCGGAGGCCAUCGCCACGACUGGGAGAACAUCGUUGUUUUCGCCCAAGGCGACAAUGUCGUCCGUGUAGCUCCCUCCUGCCACGGCAAAUACGACGGCGCAAGCAACCAAUUCCCCAGUGACGGAAGCACCCCUCUUCUCGUUUAUCACAAGGACGGUGCCGGAACUCACUGCUACCGUUUCGCCAACGACGAUGAUCGGGCCAACCCCGAGAACCCUACUGGUUCUUUCUUCAAGGCUCCUCUUGUUGGCUGGGAUAACUGGCCUGAUGUUGGUCUGCGAGACAAGAUGCUGCAGAACUGGAGUGGUGGUGUUGGACCUAAGCUGGAUGAUGAGUUUGGCGAUUCGCUCAAAGCGGCUGCUGGUGAUGGUGUUCAGGGCUUCGAUCCUUACAAGGACGAGUAA